AUUAAGAAAGCUAGUGGGUCUUUCAAAGUAUUGGACAACAGUCUACCUUAAAUUACAUGUACAGUAAUUGUCAAAACAUAACUAAAGUGUCUACUUUCAUUCACAUGUUGUAUCACAUCCAUUUGAGAUAAACAAAAUGUACCGAAGAAUGUUAAGGCUAUGUGAACCCAGUGGCCUGUGUGGACCAUGUCUCUGAUCCUGUUUGCCCUGGUGGUGCGGGUCAGGGAUGGUCUGCCUCUCUCAGCCUCCACUGACUUCCAACACAACCCAGAGCUGCAGGAGAGGAAGCAGCAGCUACGGACCAUCUCCAAGGCCCUUAGCCUGUUCCCCGACAGAGGGGCGGUCAAGGGCCAUGACCUCAAUAUAUAUUUCCUGUCCAGUGAGGGCGUAUCCUACAUGAGCGUAUGUGACGCCAGCCUCCCUGCAGCCAUGGCCUUCUGUUUUCUAGAGGACCUGCGCUGGGAGUUCACAGCUCAUAUGGACAACGCCAAGGUUGCCCUGGCAGCCAGGCCGUACCCCUUUCUGGAGUUCGACAACAGCAUAGCCUGGCUGCAGCAGCAGUAUAACCAGAGGGGUGGUCCAGCGCUGGAGGUCACUCUGACCGAGGUACAGGAGGAUCUGAAAACACGCCCUUUGCAGAUCCUCACCCUGGAGGAGGUGGAGCUUACCAACGGGUCAGCCAAUGGCCACGCGGAACAACUUUCUGAAUCCGGUCCGAACCAGAGGUUGGCGCCAGUGACCGCCCCAGGAAUCCUCUCACUGGUCCUCAACAUCAUGUGUUCUUCUCUGAACCUCAUCAGGGGAGUUCACCUCAUAGAGUACACCUUCCAGGAUGAUUAUGAAGGCAUCUGGAACGUGGUGGCGUUCCUGCUGGCGUUCCUGUGCUGUGUUGGUCAGUGUCACCUGUACCUGUUCCACUCUUCUCUGAAGAGGGUCAAGUCCCUGGUACUGCUGAGUGUGGUUGUGGUCUGUAACUGCUUCCUGUUUGGUCUGAGGAAUGUCUGGCAGCUGCUGUUUCACCUGGCUGUGGCUGUCCUCGUCACCCUCCUCACCGUCAACAGGAAACUACACGACAGAACCAAUGACUGCGGGGUCUGAGGGAGGGGGGACCAUUUAGUGCGUAGCACCACCACAGUAAGCUACGUCCAGGCCGGUAGGGAAGAGGAUCCAACCCAGACAGAACCAAUGACUGCGGGGUCUGAGGGAGGGGGGACCAUUUAGUGCGUAGCACCACCACAGUAGGCACGUACAGGCUGGUAGGGGAGGAGGAGGACCCACCCAGACAGAACCAAUGACUGCGCGGUCUGAGGGAGGGGGGACCAUUUAGUGCGUAGCACCACCACAGUAAGCACGUACAGGCUGGUAGGGGAGGAAGAGGACCCACCCAGACAGACGUCUCCUAUCAUGUCCAGUGGGAUAUAACAUUGUUUUGUUUGUAUAAGGAUAAUUUGUUGCUUUAUUUCCAUGUUUAUUUGCACUCCGUUUACGUUGCGUCCCAGGCAGGUUUGAGGAGUAGUGGAGGUCCUAACCACGGGGGGGAUGUUGGAUGGUCCUCAAAUCGGCUUUUAGAAUGUUUUGAGCAAAUUACUUGAAUGAUAUGAAUUUGUAAUACUGUCUGGCUAUUAAAGGGCAUCCAUGUGAUGUUAGACUAUAGCCAGUCAGACAGUAGGUCUACAUUUGACGAGGUAAUUGAGAUUAGAUCAUCAGUGACGUAAAGAACACUCACUGUCCAAUCAGACCACUGCUGUAGCUCAGUGAGUGAUAAUCAACUGUCUGAUUCUCCAGAGGGUCUAAAUGCAGCUCGUCUCACGAGAAUAGGAAAUGAACUGUGCUUUCAAUUUGCUUUGUUGCAUUCUUUCUCUUGUACACAAGGUAUAUUUUUUGCGUCUGUAGAAUUGACGAAUCAAAAUGUCUCACCAAAGUAUUUUCUGUUGUUUAUGCAGGAAGCUUGACAUAUCCCUCUAGUUUUACAACACCAGGUGGUAUUUCUCUUCACGGUGGUCAGUAUUGAGGAGUUAAUAUCUUUUUUAGAUCAUGGUUUUAUAGUUUACAGGGCUAAGUAAGGUAUUAUAUUAUUAGCAAUAUAAUGUAUCUAAGAAGGCUGUUGGUAAUACUAUGUUGCUUGGUAACAAUGUGGUUGUAGUUUAAUUGUUUUUCUUAUAUCUAAAACAUAUGGGAAUCAUACGUUAAAAUGAAUACAGAAACUUUUAUAUUGCGUAGUUAAAAUAGAUUUUGUAACACCGUAAUGAUGUAGUGACAGUGUAUGUAGCGUUUCGUAGUCCUAAAACGAUAGAUUAGAUCGAUUUGAUGCUUUUGGGGCUCCCGAGUGGCGCAGCUAGAGGCGUCACUACAGACCCUGGUUCGAUUCCAGGCUGUAUCACAACCGGCCGCGAUUGGGAGACCCAUAGU